AGAGCCGCCCUGGUCGCGCAGUGGCGGGGGGGGGGGCCCCAGGGCGGCUGCGCGCGGCGCGCGGGGCCCUCAGAUGGCGGCCGCGCCGGGCGCCCCCGGCGGCGACCGCGCGGAGGCCGAGUCGCCGUUCGGCAGGGUCAACACGGACAGCCUGGCAGGCCCUCCGCCGGACGAGGAUUCGCUGGCGGCCACCCGCAUCCCGAGCCUGGCAGCGACAACCAGUUCGGUGAAGGCGGCAGAGAUGCCGCUUGACGUCACCGUGCACUCCCCGCCGCAUAAGGCCGCCGCACCAGCAGCGGACGACGCGGAGUCCGGUUCGGACGCGGGCGGCGACUUCCAGGUGGGCACGCACAGCGUCAGGCCAGAGGCCAGCAUGAUGUCGAGCGUUCCGUCGGACGCGGGCGACGUCUUCCAGGUUGGCACGACGAGCCUCGGACCAGCGGCGGGCAGGUCGGCGAGCAUGCGGCCGCCGUCCCCGGCGGACCUGCCGCUGGCGCCUGGGGGCCACGGCGGCGGCGGCGGCGGCGGCGGCCCACUGGACGUCACCGUGCAGUCUCCGGUGCACGAGGCCGCCGCGGCCGCCGGGAGAGACGAGGACGACGCGGAGUCCGACUCGGAUGCGGGCGACGCCUUCCAGGUGGGCACGCUCAGCGUGAGGCCGGAGGCGAGCAAGGCUAUGAGCGUGAGGCCGCUGGCCCCGGCGGACCUGCCGCCGGCACCGAGAGGGCACGGCGGCCCGCCAGAGGCCGGCUGCCAGGCGCUCGACGUCACCGUGUGCGCCCCGCCGCACGAGGCCGCUGCACUUGCCGAGGACGACGCGGAGUCAGGCUCGGAGGAGGGCGACGCCUUCCACGAGGGCGCGCGCAGCGUGAAGCCCGAGGCGAGCAUCGACACGAACGCCGACGACGCUUUCCUGGUAGGCACGCUCAGCGUCAGGCCGGAGGCGAGCAAGUCGAUGAGCGUGAGGCCGCUGGCACGGGCAGACUUGCCGUCUGCGCUCGGGGGGUUCGGCAGCAGCGGCAGCGCGACCCCGCUGGAGGCCAGCCGGGAGCUGUCGGCGGCGCCGGCGUACUCCGACUCGGGCUGCGACUCGGACGCCGACGACACAUUCCAGGUGGGCACGCUCAGCGUCAAGCCGGAGAUGAGCAAGAUGAAGAGCGUGAGGCCGUUGGUGCAGGCGGACAUGCCGUCGGUGCUGGUGGGACACAGCAGCAGCAGCAGCAGCGCGAAACCAGCGGAGGCUAACCGGCAGAUGUCGAAUCCCUGGACGGUCGGUGCCACGGAUGCCGGCCUUGCCGAGGGCGGUCUCCAGGGCCGCCGGGAGCGCCCCGAGGAGCACCUCGAGAGAGCGAUGUUUUCCCUCGUUUGCGACGUAUUCGACAUGAUGACCGGGCUUCUUCCGGAGCUGGUGAUCUUGGCGAUCCUGGCUUCCUACACCGCGGGAUGGUUUCCCAAGGCGGAGGCCGUGAUCACGACGAAGCCGUGGGUCGUCAAGGUGGCGCCCGACGAGGAGCACGACGCCGGCCCUGGGGCCCCGAUCGGGGACAGCGCGUCGCCGCCCGGGACUUGCCGUGGGGGCUCCGGGGACUCACGAUGCCCAGCGGGGCACGAGGUGCAGACGGAGAGCAUCGCGUUCAAGGCCCGGAAGCUCUCGGAAGUGAUGCAGGCCUGCGUCAGGUUCCGACAGGUGGACAGGGCACUGGGGCUGUUCGACCAGAUGCUGGAGGAGGGCGUCGGUCCCGAGGCACACUGUGUCAACAAGGUCACGAUCAACAAGUUUUGUAACCUGGUUGCCAACAACCUCAGUGUCACGCGCCUUCGGAAAGACGGUUUGGCGCUAUGUGAUUUAGUUCAAGCACACGGGGUUGCGCCGUCUUGGGCGAUCCAGAACCGCUUGAUCAUCGCGUGGAAAAGCAGGCCUCCGAGGAGCGUCCUGACGUAUCUCCUGAAGAUGAGGAGCGAAGGGUUCGCAUUGAGCCGGCUUGCAUAUUUCUCCAUCAUCAUUUGUAGCGAGAUAUCGCAUCCUGAGAUAGCGUUGACGUUGUGCGAUGAGAUGGAGACUAUAGGAAUCACACCUGACAAGGUGACAUAUAAUGCAGUGUUGGGUGCUUGCUAUCAGCUUGAAAUGUACGACGAAGCUGGGCAUCUAUUCGCGCAGAUGGAAGAUCGCGGAUUGACACCCGACAUGAAGACUUUCCGCAUCAUGAUAAACGUCAGCCUGCGAUCUCAGUGCUUCGAGGACACGGUUGCCCUCUUGGAGACGAUGCAGGACAAGUGCAUAAAGCUUGCGGGGCACGAUUAUCACAAGGCAAUCGAGUAUUGCAUCAGCUUGCAGCGCGUGGAUGACGCAGUGGCACUGUUCAAUAACAUGGCUCAGACGAAUUUUCUCGGCAAUCUAGGUCACCACGCGGUGCAGAGGCGCCGUGGCCAACGAGAGAUUCAGGUCAGCUGGGGCAAGCUGAUCCAAGCCAGGAUGUCGAGUUCCUCGGUCGCUGUCGCGUCCGAGCGCGUAGAUAGGCGGUAG